CUUAGUGGAGACACAGAACAACUGUGAAUGAGCAAAUCCUUCAUGCCUGUUGUUGUUCUGCUGGAUGAAAUGAUGGGAGUGAAAAAUGAACCGACUCUACUGGAGGAAGGAAGCCAUGAAACAUCUACAGACAAAAAAACAACAUCCCAGUCAUUUAUCUACAAACCUCGCUGCAGUGAGGUGCCUGAAGUCUCAGCAGCACACUUCUCAAAGCCUCAGCAAAAGGAUCUGAAACUAUGUGCAUGGUGGGAUUCCAUUAGAGGUCGACUCAGUCAGCACAGACAGGUGGCUCAGUACUUCUCUCUGCUCUGCUUUCUGCUCACCAUCGUCACUCUGCUCCAGACUCUCUGCUUGGUUCAGAUCACCUUGGUGUUCCAGUCACAGUCGAGCCAACAGGACGCCACGCUCAGAGAUCUGACAAGCAGACUGGAGAAACUCAAUCAGUCUUAUCGCCUCCUGUUCUCCCAGUAUCCUGCUCUGAACCAGUACUGCCCAGUCAGCAACUCCAGCACUGGUGAGAGAGCAUGCAGACCGUGUCCUGCUGGCUGGACGCCUCAGGGAGAGAAGUGUUUCCUGUUCAGUCGGGACAGAGCUGACUGGAUCAGCAGCCAGUACCGCUGCAUGGCACUGGGGGGCGCUGUGGCCACAGUCAGGACAGAGGACGAGCAGGUGUUUCUGUGGACGAACACCCAGAGACUGAGCCAGGGAGACUCCUAUUGGCUUGGGCUGAGGAGCAGUGGAGCUGACGGGGGCUGGCAUUGGAGUGACGGCUCCGCGCUGGAGAAAGGACCGCAGUUUUGGGAGCAUCAACCUGAUAAAACAGUCGACAGCCGGGAGCUGUGUGGUCGACUCACCCCAGGAGACGACUACAGGAGGAGCUGGUUCACCUCCAGAUGCUCCAGCUCGCUGAGGAGCAUCUGUGAGAGGAGACAAGCUGCUCUGCAGUGAGAG